AUUUUCAUUUUACUUAAAUUAUGACUGAAAGUAAUGAAGAUUUUAGUUUCGACAUUGAUGAUGUUUCUAUUAAUUCGGAAGAACAAGUUCAAAUAACUCCUGCAGAAGUAAUCGAGUUAAUUGAAGAAGCUUGGAUAAAUGAAAAAUUUGCCCCAGAGAUUCUUCCUCACAAAUCAGAAAUAGUAGAAAUUAUUCUAGAUCAAAUAUCUAACAUGGAAGAAAAUAUAAAAAAUCUAUGUAGCACAGAUUUUACGAAAAUUAUUUACCAACUUGAAGUGGAUAGGCUUCGUUUUUUAGUUUCUAGUUAUUUAAGAACAAGACUAGAGAAAAUAGAAAUUCAUGUAAACCAUAUAUUAGGAGAAGAAGCUAAAAGAAUAGAUAAAAGGAGUGAUCUGUACUUAAGUCAUGAAGAACUUAAGUUUGCAAAGGAGUUUUCAUUCACUAUGGAACAGUACUUUGACAAAUUAAUGAGGUUCUAUCCUGGUGUACCAUCAGAAACUUGGUCAAAUCAAAUUGUUGAACCAAAUAAUAAUAGUUUUGUAUUUUUAAAAUCAAAAAAUAGGGUAGAAGGGGUAUUGAUUGAUAAAAAUGCUACAGACAGUGAUUUGAUUGAUUUUGAUACUGGAUCUCAAAUAAUUAUUUCAUAUAACAGUGUGUCUGAUUUAAUAAAAAAGAGUGAUGUUCAAUUGAUUUAAUUUUGUUAGUUACAUGGAAUUAUUAACUUAAGUAUAAGAUAUAAUGCACACUAAAAAAACACUAUUUAUCAAGGAAUUCAAUUAAUAAUGUUUGAAACCUAGUUCCAUUAUUUUAACUGUUAGCUUAUUGAUUAUGUAUACUAUUUUAUAAAUUAUGUAUGUAAUGUUCAAUGUUUGUCUUUAUAAUUUAAUAUGUAUUUCCAUUGUUAUUCAAUUAAAUUGUUAUAUACAUUUGUUUUCAUAAAUUUUUGUUAGUUCUUCAUACUUUUACAGAUAUAAAUUAAGCCAAACCUAAUUUUUGCCUCCUCACACCUCCACCAUAUACUAUUCAUUUCUAUUUUUGUUUAUUAAGUUGAAAGUUCUGAAACUGUUUUUAAUGUUCUAUAUUAAACACUUUAUACUACCAACGCACCAUUAUAAAAAUACAACAGCUUAAGAAGAUGCUAGUGAAAAUGUUUAGGGUAGGAGUAGUAGGAAAUGUGUUUGGUUCAUCUACAAUUAUGGACUUCUCCUAUGUUGCUUAAAAUGUCCAUGGUAAAAUUGCCUGAGAAAUUAUCAAGGGAGACUAACAAAUUAUUUUAGCUUAUGUAACAGUUAUCUGUAUCAAAACUUACAAUGUGAUUAAUGAACAACUAAUAGUUUCUGUAAAAAGCUUUUUAUUUUAGUGAUGGUUGAUUGAUGAUCAAAACAUGAUCAUUUCAUUAUUACACCUCGUAACCUCAUUUUAUAAUGUUUCAUGGGUAAACAACUCCAAGUAAACUGGUGAUAAAAGAUGGUACCUGGUCUUCCAAGACACCACAAAACAUUUACUUGGUAAUACGAAGUUUUCAAAUACCUCAGAUGCUCUGCUUAAGAAAAUUAUGGUGAUUUUUGAUUGUGUUUUUAUUUUUUUAAUUGAUAACGCUCACUUCCAUCUGGGUUACAGUUAUAAUUUUUGAACCUAUAGACAACACACCCAUAAAGAUGCUGAAUUGAACGGAGCUGCAGGAGUAAAUAACACUGUGUAUUGAGGAUAUCCUACUUAAAGCUAAAUGAAUACUACUUAUUGAACUUUAUAUUAGUGGCAAAAUAAAAUAUACAUCUG